AUGAAAGCUUCGACGGGCGUCUUUGGGGAAGCAUAUGCGUCAUGCUUCUCUUGUCUCACGUGCUGGGAACCAUUUGCCUUUCGCAUCGACGAGAGACCCGAGCGACGCGACAACAACCGUCACAUCCGCAUUAUCAGCGACCAGCCGAUAUCCCAUCCGCCCCCAAUGGCGGUUCCAGAGGUUGAGCUUCCCCGGCCUAGCUGGAGGCAAAAAGUGCAGCGGACGUUCGCAUCCAGCCAGCCGGGCUUUUCUUCGAGGAGCAGGGCGCAGAGGGACGGUACACGGCCUCAGCUGCAAAUCUCAGCACCGUUUGAAUUCAGACAUGUCGACUCCGGCUCUUUCCAGUUCCCGUUUCCUGCCCAGCGCCCGCCUCGGCCCUGGGAGAGUCCUUUGACGCCGGACACGCCCGAGACUCCCUUUGAGCCGUUGCAGCUGAACGUCUUGAGUUCGGGAAAAGAGCUGUCGCCGAUGCUCCCCGAUUUCAACUUUCCGAGUGAGAUGACGCCACCAUCUUUGGUCCAUCUUCCAGCAAGGCCCUUUCGCGAUGACUCUUUACAUUCUCACCACCAAAGAGACACUCCAUCACCAUCGUUUCACAUUCCUCGAAAAAAUGUUGCGGCUCCUCCGUCAUCGCGCAGCCCAGAGGUGUCGCCGUUGCACCUCGCUUCCGACAAGCAGACUCGCACCCGGGCUUACACGCCGUCCGAUAUGGAGACGAUCAAAGAGCGGGUGGCAUCUGCGAUGAAUGAAGUGGAACAGCUGCAGAGAAAGAUCAACGACAUUAUCGAGCGGCAGAGCCUCUACACCGCGAGCAGACCAUCAACAGCCCACUCCAUGGCUCGCACUAUACCCGAAACGGCGGAAGUUCCGGUGAUUCCUGCGCUCCCACCAGCGGCGCCGUCAUUCGCUGAGCGCCUGAACACAGAGGUGUCACUGCCCAACACGGGGCCCGUGACAGCGUCUGUCCACAUUAGCCAGCUGGAGGCGUACGAGGAAACGCUGGACAACAUUCGGCAAUUUUCACAGUCGAUGAGAGGGCAGCGGUCUUCCCCGCCACCUCCGCCCCCGCCAUUGCCCCUUGUGCUACGGCCACCGCUACGGAAGAAGAAGUCGUUUUCGCGAGUCUCUACCUGGCUGUUCCCGGAGCCAGACCGUGCCAGAAAGCAGAGCCUGGACUCUGUCACAAACGUUCCGCGUCCUAUCAAGGGAAGCGAAGGAUUCUACCAGUGUGUAACACCGCCUAGGCGGCCACACAGGCAGAGCACCGAGACAUUUGAUACGUUGUCUACUUGGUCGACGAACGACGGAGACCGCACUGUGCCAUCGGCCUGGUCGCCUCGGAGCACGCCAUCCAAGAACCAGCAAGAGGAAGAGGAAGACAUUUUCAUUGACAGAAGGGCCACCUUCGGGAUGAACAACGUCCGGAGCCCGGCUGCGGUGAACGUCGGCGUCGCAAUAUGA